CUAGAAAUUCAUUCCCCUCUAUUUUCUCUCUUUUUACAUUUUGAACAUUUUGAAAUUUGAUUUUUUUUUUAUCAACACAGAAAGAGUAUCAAUCAAUCUUUCUUUCUUUCUGUAAACAAGAGAAAUGUUGGUUUUAAAAUGGAGCAGAGGGAUUUCUACCACUCCUAAUCUCUUUCAGAGAAUUAAGCAAACAGAUAAGGAAAUUGUUAAAAUGUUUGAAAAUGAUCAUCAUGACAACACAAACUUGCUGAAACAACAACAACCAUGGAGGAGGAGGUCCGACGACAUUCGUGAAUUAGAUGAGAGAUUCAUGAGGAUCUUGAAGAUUUUUAAGUGGGGUCCAGAUGCCGAAAAGGCAUUGGAAGUUCUCCUGUUAAGGGUUGAUCAUAGAUUAGUCCGCGGAGUAAUGAAAUUAGAUGUUGAAGUUAGUGUCAAGUUGCAAUUCUUUAGAUGGGCAGGAAAACGUAGGAAUUUUCAACAUGAUACGACGACGUAUAUGGCAUUAAUUCAGUGCUUAGAUGAAUCUGGGUUUGUUGGGGAAAUGUGGAAAACGAUACAAGAGUUGGUUAGGAGUGAUUGCCCUGUUGGCCCUUCUGAAUUAUCUCUUAUUGUUAGGAUAUUAGGAAGAGCUAAGAUGGUUGAUAAAGCUCUUUCGAUCUUUUACCUGAUUAAGAAUCGGAAAUGUAAACCAACUUCAAACACUUAUAACACCAUGAUCAGCAUGUUGGUGCAACAAGGUCAUCACGAAAAGGUUCAUGAGCUUUACAAUGAGAUGUGUAAUGAGGGUAAUUGUUUUCCCGAUACUGUGACAUACAGUGCACUUAUAUAUGUAUUUGGGAAACUGGGUCGGGAUGCUUCUGCCAUUAGGUUAUUCAAUGAAAUGAAGGAGAAUCGGAUGCAGCCCUCUGCAAAAAUUUAUACUACAUUAUUGGCUUUAUAUUUCAAACUUGGACAGGUGGAGAAAGCUUUGGUUUUGUUUCAUGAGAUGAAAGAUAGUAAUUGCAUUCCAACUGUUUUCACAUAUACGGAACUGAUAAAGGGUCUCGGCAAAGCUGGAAGGUUUGACGAGGCUUAUGGUGUAUUUCUUAGCAUGUAUACAGACGGUUGCAAGCCUGAUGUGGUGCUUAUGAAUAACUUAAUCAAUAUCAUGGGCAAAGCGGGGCGAUUGUGUGAUGCUAUUAAGUUGUUUGAGAGCAUGGGAUCUAUGCAGUGUGUCCCAAAUGUGGUGACAUAUAAUACUAUAAUCAAAGCCCUGUUUGAAUCUAAAGCUCCAACUUCGGAGCCAAUUUCUUGGCUUGAGAAGAUGAAGGUAAAUGGAAUUGCCCCAAGUGCAUUCACUUAUUCUAUACUUAUUGAUGGCUUUUGCAAGACAAAUAGAGUGGAGAAGGCUUUGAUACUGCUUGAGGAGAUGGAUGAGAAGGGUUUCCCUCCUUGUCCUUCUGCAUAUUGCAGUCUCAUUGAUGCUUUAGGGAAAGCAAAGAGAUAUGAAGCUGCAAAAGAAUUAUUCCAAGAAUUAAAAGAGAACUGCGGGUCUUCUAUUACUCGGGUUUACUCUGUGAUGAUUAGGCACUUUGGAAAAUGUGGGAAACUUAGCGAGGCUGUAGAUCUUUUUAAUGAGAUGAAAAAAUUAAGAUGCAAUCCGGAUGUUUAUGCUUACAAUGCCCUCAUGGACGGGAUGGUUAGAGCAGGAAUGAUUGAUGAAGCUAAUUCUGUGCUUCGGAAGAUGGAGGAACAAGGUUGUGCUGCAGAUUUAAACUCCCAUAAUAUUAUUUUGAAUGGGAUGGCAAGGUCGGCUGGUCCAGCUCGAGCAAUGGAGAUGCUUGAGGCGAUGAAAACCUCUACAAUCAAACCUGAUGCUGUGUCAUAUAAUACAGUUCUUGGCUGUCUCAGCCGUGCAGGGAUGUUUGAAGAAGCUGCAAAGUUGAUGAAAGAAAUGAGAAUAAAAGGUUUUGAUUAUGAUCUUAUUACAUACUCCUCCAUACUCCAGGCUGUUGGGAAAGUUGAUGAAGAACAUAUACACACAGAUACUUGACGGUAGAGUGAUCUUAUUAAAUUUUUAUGGAAGCUCCACACUAAUUUGUCUUUUGGGAACUUUGAAGCGAUAAGUUACCAGCAGGACGUCAAUGGAUUCUACAGAUGUUUCAUGUGGCACGUUUCAAUAUCGCACCAUGAAUUGCUCUUGUGUUUGGUUUACAGCAUAUUCAAGAACUAGAUUCUUUUACAAUCAAAAUGAGCUUGAUGAAGUUGAAGUUGUAAAAUUGGUAUGAGCGGACUUAGAAAUUUGGCAUAUGUUGGUUUAAAAGAUUUGUUUUCGACUUCUUUUUGGUAAUAACUUCAUCAUUGGAUAAAUCAAGUUGCGAAUGGGUUUUUAUGUAUUGAAGUUUAUGAGCCACAAUAAUUACAAGGAGUGAGCCUUUCCCUAUGUAUGAGAAGGAUGACAUCAAUGAAGUGAGACAUGAAUGGAUUCGAUCAGUAGAGGUGCUCUUAUAGAUAAUUCGGGUAUGGAGAAUGCUGAGUUCAAGUCUUGGUUCUAUCGCUGAAGUCUCCUUCAGUGAUAUCCAUCGACUCCAGAUUCCCCAAAUGAGGAAUUUUUGUUAAAGUCAUUUGCCAUCUGCUGCAAUAAAAUGUUUGGGCUAGCUCAGUGUGCCAGGGUGAACAAAAUGUAUACUGCAGGACGACAAGAAAUUCCUAUCAUGCGUUAGAAUUUAAGGCUGACAGGCCCAGGAAUUUUGUAAACAUGUCUGUCACAGUAGUUGGGGACUGGAAGAACUUCACAAAAAUGGUCAGCAGUCUCAGCAGCUGUAGUAGCCUGUAAGGGAUACUUUGAAAAGAAAAAGGAUAGGAUUACAUACAUUUAAAUCUCUUAUUUCGCUGAUGGUUUAGAAUUUUGUUAUUACUUAUGUCCUGUCAAACCAGUAAAAAUAGUCAACCAGAAGGGCACUAUUGAAUGUUUUGAAUACCAUCUGAUUCAAUACAUGUUUUUGAGUCAGGUUUUACUUAUCCGACUCAAAAAUGUGUGAGUGAACAACUGGAUCACAUGAAAAUUAGAUCUGAACCAAGUAGCGAGUCAGGUCUGACUCAAACUGAAAAGACCAACGAUUUGACAUCUGACUCGUGUCAAGUCAGUCGACUCAGAUCCGUAUCGGGAGUCGGAUGCAAAUAACCACGGUAUAAACUAUCUUAUUUUUCUCCGGAGAGGACAAUUUGGGGAAGAUGUUUAGUGUGGUACGAUUUUGAUUGGAUGGGUUUCAAAAGUUCAGAUCCACAUUUAUUUGAUUUUUGAUAAACUUUUCCGGCUUAAUUAUACCAGAGAGUUGUUAGAAGAGAAUUUGAUAGAUAGAUCCAAGUUGUUUAGGCUGUUUUGUUCUUAAGAAAAGCUCUCAGGGUAUAUACAGAAGAGAAGAGAAGAGAAGAGAAGAGAAGAGAAGAGAGAAAUGAAAAGGAAAAAAAAGCAAAAGAGAUGGGUUUUUCUACAGAUCAGUUGUCGGUUUGAGCGGAUUCGGAAAUUCGCAUAAAGAUGUGGUGAUAACCUCAAAAGCAACAACUUCUGGCGAAAUUGAAUCAGUUAUCUGGUCCAGACUAAGACCGACAGAAAUAGAGAAGAAGUUGAGGCAAUCUGCACAAAGACCUCGGGUGGAGGUUUCUGCAAUUCAGGCCGAGACAGAGCUGGAACAUGUCGGAAAGCAGGGCAACAUCCGGAUGGAGAUGGCAAAUCAAAAAACGGCUUGAGCGGACUAGGAAAUUUGGGGGUUUGAAGCAAUCUUUGUACUUACCGGAUAAUUACAUCGUAGAGGAUGUCAAGAAGCAUUUCCAGGUUACGCGGCUGAACUUUUCAAAGAGGAAUUUGCCAAGUUUGGGAGUGUGUAUACACCCAAUCAACUGAUUACAGAAAUGAGUUAUGGUGUCACAAUCAGUUAGCACGUCUAUAGUGGUUGCAAGCGCAGCAUAUAACUGAUCAGAGGCUUGGUUAUAGUGCAUGCUUUAGUUACCUUCAAUGAUAUUCAUCAGCUCCGAAUAUCCAAAACAAGAGUUUUGUGAAUCGUUUGCCGCUACUGCGAUAAAGUAUUUGGGUUCUCUGUGCCAGGUCGAAAAUGUGUACCACGGGACAACAAUUGCUCUACAAAUGGAUCAAUUCAUCAUCUAGCUUCUUAUUGGAAACAAGUCCAACAACUUACGACAAGAAAUUCCUGUAAUGCGUUGAAAUUGAAGACUGACAAAAGCUUAGGGAUUUCCCAAGUCCCUACAUGUCUGUCAUAUAAGGGAUUGAAAGAAUUUUUAGGCACUCUCAGCAGCUGUAGCCAGUUUCACUGGUAGCUUUCGGGUUUUCUUAUUCAUGUCUUGUUUAAUUCCAUACUAUCUUUUGUUUAAUUUGAGGGUUGUUUUCGUGUGGAUAGCUAGUAAGUUCACGGAUUGGUGCUUCUUUCAUCUCCUUUUUUUUCCCGAAUUCUUAAGCUUUAGCAGCGUGUGUCUGGGUUCUUUUUCUAUCUGUACUGGUUGAGAGUGAGACCUUUUCAUCUUCUUGGAACAGAAAUGGAGAAACUCAGAACCCCAAAACCACUUCUAGUCUUCUAGACAUACACACUUGUUUGGGUGAAGUCCUAGGAGCAUUUUGGACUAGAUUUUGUCUGAAUGCUAAAUUUCAUCUUAUUUUUCU